AGAAAAUACAGGUUUUAUUUCUGCAUGAAAAAUUUACUUAAUCUUGAAGAUUGUCACAUAAUUAACUUCAUCAUAUAAGACAUACAUGAGAAAACAUUACAAAAUACUUUGCUUCCGUCCGAACAUUGUCAUUCGGUGUACAAAAACAGAGUGUGGUGGAUGUGAAUCAGAGUUAGCUUGUCGUCAGAGUUAUGAUUGGUUUCGAUAUCUGUUUAUCUGACCGGAAGAGAUGUCGUCAAACGUUUGCAGCUAUCAUCGCGAACUUGUCGACUGUAGCAGCUGGAAUGCUGUCAGCCUGGACCUCGCCAAUAACUCCGCAGCUGACGAAGGAAAGUACCCCAGUUGGCACAACACCAAUGACUGAUCAUGAAAUUUCCUCGCUAUCCUCAGUGACCGGUCUUGCUUCACUGAUUGCCCUCCUAUUCUACGCAUUCUCCGCCGGGAAGAUCAGUAACAAAAUACUAGGAUGGAUCUCAGCAGCAUCAGCAACUGCCAGUUGGUUGCUCAUAUACUUUGCGCAAAACUUCUACUACCUUCUGAUCGCUCGCAGCCUAGCCGGAGUUGUCUGCGGACUGACGUUCUCCAUGACACCAGUUUAUGUUUCCCAGAUUGCUGAGGACUCAAUCAGAGGACAACUGGGUAGCCUUCUCUCGUUUGGCUUCAAUCUGGGAACACUGGCGACAGCUAUCCUUGGGGCACAGCUGUCUUAUCACAAUUUUGCAUUGUGUGGGACCAUCGUGCCGCUUGUGUUCAUUGUUGGGUUCAUACCCCUCCCUGAAUCCCCGACUCAUCUUCUGAGAAAGGGGCUCGUCGACGGAGCUAAAAGAUCUCUGUUGUGGCUGAGAAAUAAUGACACAGAGGAAGUCGAUAAUGAAUUAGUCCAACUUCAGAAUCACAUCACAUCGCACUCUGGGAAAACUUCCGGUUUGAAGGAGUUAUUCAGGGAUCGAGGGACAAUCAGGGCAUUGAUUAUAUCGGUAACUCUAUUUGCUGGACAGCACACUUCCGGAUAUGCAAUCAUGUUUACGUAUACUACAGCGAUAUUCGAACUUGCCCAAACUUCCGUCAAUCCAUAUACAGCAUCAAUAGUCAUUGCAGUGAUACAAAUCAUCGGAUCAUGGAUAUCAACACUGACGAUAGAUCGUAUCGGAAGAAGAAAGCUGGUUCUGGCGUCUUGUGCAGGGAUAAUGACGAGUCAUUGUGUUUUCGGCAUUAUGUACAUAUUUCAAAAUCAAAAGUAUGACUUGGCAUCGAUUUCUUGGCUUCCAGUUGUCACAAUAUCCGCGUAUGCCCUGGUAUACUCUGCAGGACUGGGUCCCUCGACUUCUGUCGUGUCAUCUGAGAUUUUCAGUCCGGACAUCGUGGGUUUAGGUCUUUCAGUUGCCCUGUCAACCGAGUUUAUCUCAAAUUUCUGUACUACCCUGGCUUUCCCAUUAGUCACUGCAAAGUUUGGGAUCCAUGUGAGCUUUUUCAUUCUCGCAUUGUUCACUGGUGUUACUCUGGCAAUCAUAUUUUUCCUUCUACCUGAGACUAAAGGAAAAUCAAAGUUAGAUAUUUUUGAAGAGUUGAAUGGAACAAAAAAGAGAACUGAGCAUAUCGCAGCGAUUCUCGAUGAAAAUGGGAUAAAACAAAUUUCAUUGACAGAACGAUGAAUGCGAAAAGUGACAAAGGAGAGCCAUUCCUCCUAUUUUCAAGAGGAAUUGAACCAAUUUUGUUACAUAUUGACAAUAUUUUCGGUUAUUAGAUAAUAUAGCAACUCCAAUUUUUUUCAAGAAACUGACAAAUAAAUAUUGUAGUUUUCAUAUUAAUCUUGAAGUAACCAACGACGGUAGCUGAAGUCGUUAAAUCACUCGGCCGGACAGCGGGACCCGUGAGGCGCGGGUUCGAGUUCGGCUUGGGGCAAUUGGAAUUUUGAAUUUUUCGGAAACCGUCGAACAGAAGUCUAGACACCGAGAAUCAUUGGAGAAGUGUUAGGAAACUAUUCCCCGAUGAAGCUCGGUCGAUGGACGCCCGUGUCGACCAAGGUUUUCCAUGGUUUCCCUUAGUCACCAGGAGAGUCUGUACGUGGUGUACAGCUCCUAGGGUACAAUACGACGCGGUUGGAGAAAAAGUUGGCCGAUGAAACCGCAAAAAUGUAAAAACUCGAAUAGGGUAUAUAUAGUAAGGAAAAUGAAUAAAAAAUAUUAAUCUUGAAGUAUUUCAACGUAUAUUGUGUCGGAAACUGGUUGCUAUAAAUGAAUUUAACCUCUUUGAGCUAUCACACUUAGUAACGCGGAUGCUCCUGUAGAUGUACGGGAAUUCCCACUCUACGCUUUCCCUUGCAAAAGCAGUUUUUUAAAUUUCAAUUAUGUGUUCAUAUAAAUUCAACGUGUAGUGAAACACUUAUUUUCAAAGUAUCAAGCAUCACCAGCAGUUAGCAUUACCCGGGGUUCGCGACGGGGACACAGCUGGUAUGAACUCCAAAAAGGUCAUAAUUUUGACCCAUUCGUCCCUUCAAGUCAUUUUUUUUACCUAAAUGAGUCCGAUUCAAUUUCCUUGUUAAUUUCAAUUUCUUAUGUUCUUAAAUGACGGAAUAAUUCAGUUUCCUCGGAAAAUUCCUUGAUGGAGUAGUUAUAUACUCUACCGUAUUUUCUUCUUUCCCUUUCGAUAGAACUGAAAUAUGAAUAUAGUGUGAUAUAAUCACAGUUUAUGUUAAGAAAUUAAUGUACGGUCAGUGUCUUAAUAAAGUUGACAGUUAACGAA